AUGGAAAAAAAAUUCGAUUAUGCCAGUUUAUUGAAGUCUGCUCGCAAUUUAAAACAUACAAUCGACGAGUUGGUUUGUAAAAAUCACAACGAAAUAGAUGUUAUGGACAUAGAAUGUAUGAGGAAAUUAAUCGAAAACAUACUUAAAAAAUAUGAAUUGGAUGCCAAACACAAUAACGGUCAACAAAUUAUAUCAAAUUGCGAUAACGUUAGUGAAAUAAACCACAAUGUCCAAAGUAAAACGAAAGGAAUUAUUGACGUAUCUUCGAGUUGUUGUACUGAAACGAUUACAAUGAAAUGUAAUGAAAAGAAAAAAAUGGAAGAUAAUGAAGAUGAGUGUCGUAAUAUAACAAAUGAAGACAAUGGAAAUAAACGACAAAACGAUUUCCACGAAAAAUGUGAAUCACAAUUGAAAUUUUACGAAGAAUACGUCAAGGAAUUAGAGUGCCGAUUAAAGGGAUUUAUCGAGUAUAUGAUAGAAGGACAGCGAUCGGAUCAGAAACACAUAACGAGGGAAAUUUACCUCAAAUCGACGAUAGAAAAAAUGAAAAGGACCGAGUGCUAUUACAAGGGCAUAGUACAAAGGCUGUCUGAGAAAUUGGAUUACGCGAGGAAAAAAUCGGAAGAACGUCAAAAGUGGAUCGACGGAUUAGUGUCUAAAGCCGAACAACUGAGGUGUGCUGUCGAAAAAAACGCGAUGAAUUCGGCGGAACUGGCAAAAACUUUAUCGUCGUUCGCGGUCGAUCUGUCAGUGUCCAACCUGCUGCAGCAUCCGGAAGAGGCGGUGGCGGCGGUGGUGGCAUGCGACGACCGAAACAGGGUGGCAAAUCCGUCCGGAUCUUCUGAGAUUGUAGAUAAUGGCGCUUCCGGCUGCAGUCGGUCUAUGGGGGAUGUGGAGGCCUCAGUGCAGGCAGUCGUCGACGAAACUUUACUACGACCGAUGUUACACAGCACCCCGAUACGGGACCUCCCGUGCCGCCGCGACUGCCGGUGCAGUUUUUCAGCGGACGAAGACACUGACGACGAAGACACUGACGACGAAGAGGAUGACGAUGGCGACGGCGAAGAGGACGACCAUCCGUCGGAUUGCUUCAAAACGGCCGCCGCCACCGUCAAAUGCCGACGACCUAAAAACGACGAACCGAGUCGCCGAUGUUCGAAACUUUUCCGGAGGUCGCAGAAGAGCACCGACGUGAACAACAGCGGGACGGAAACGGCGGCGCGCUGUGUUGGUGGAUCGAAGCUCACCAAAAGAAGUAUGGAGACAGAAAAAAUAUGUCCGGUGACCUGUAUCUGCUGCUGCAACCGACUGAACUCCACGGAACAGCAAUCAUAA